UUCUUCUACCCUCCCGCCGCUGCAUCAACCCGGACCCUGUGAACCUCUUCCUAUCUGGAUCUUCGAACCGCUCGAUACGCUCUGAACCUCGACUCCUCACCCCACCUAGCUCUUUCACCUUCGCCCUUUCACCUCACUUCUCACCUUCACCCACGCUGAAAUGAACACGAGGAGAUCAUAGCACUCUCGCAUAUUAACAUUCACAGGAGCAAUACACCUUAAGCUCUUUGAACUAUCGAGACAGCUAGGCCAUCUAGCAAUCUUGUAGUGAACCGUCAAGAUGAUUGCAUACGAGACUCAACACCGAGGCUGGUCGUCUCAGGAUUCUCAAGCCGCUACUUCUCUAGAUGACAAGUUCGAAGUUAUCAAAGACAUUGGCGAUGGCAGCUUUGGGAGCGUCGCGCUCGCACGCGUACGAGGCGCUGGCGCUCACAUUGCUCGACGAGGGACUUUGGUCGCGAUAAAGACGAUGAAGAAGUCGUUCGACUCAUUCGCGCACUGUCUAGAACUACGGGAGGUCAUCUUCCUACGGACACUACCUAACCACCCUCAUCUCGUGCCCGCCCUUGAUAUCUUUCUGGACCCCUACAGCAGGCGGCUCCACAUCGCCAUGGAGUACAUGGAUGGCAAUCUGUACCAACUUAUGAAAGCAAGAGACCACAAGCCGUUAGAUCAACACAGCGUGAAGAGCAUUCUGUUCCAAAUCAUCUCAGGUCUCGAGCAUAUCCAUCAACACGACUUUUUUCAUCGCGACAUCAAGCCAGAAAACAUCUUGGUUUCCACAUCAGCACCCACAGACUCAGGUAGCGCAUUCCGCCGGUACUCAGCAUUGGUGACUCCACCAUCAACACCACCGGCCUACACGAUCAAGAUCGCAGAUUUCGGACUAGCACGUGAAACACAUUCGAAAUUGCCCUACACGACGUACGUUUCGACGCGAUGGUACCGAGCUCCAGAAGUCUUGCUCCGUGCAGGCGAAUAUUCGGCUCCAGUCGAUAUCUGGGCGAUAGGUGCAAUGGCAGUUGAGAUUGCGACGCUGAAGCCACUCUUCCCGGGCGGGAACGAAGUCGACCAGGUUUGGCGAGUGUGCGAGAUCAUGGGAAGCCCUGGAAGCUGGGUCAACAAGCAAGGCGUGCGCGUUGGAGGAGGAGACUGGAAAGAUGGUGUCAGACUGGCACAGAAGCUAGGUUUUUCGUUCCCAAAGAUGGCGCCACACUCAAUGGACACGAUUCUCCAAGCGCCACAAUGGCCAGCCAGCCUUGCCAACUUUGUGACAUGGUGUCUCAUGUGGGACCCUCGGAGCAGGCCAACUUCAUCGCAGGCCCUGAGCCAUGAGUACUUUGCUGAUGCCUUCGACCCUAUGAGGCCCAAGUCCUCAGCCUCAAGACUCCUCGGUCGCAAGCAGUCGGAUCUCAGUGGUCACACACUGAAUUCGCCAGACUCGACACACAGCCUUACGACAAAGACAUCGUCUUGGUUCAGACGGUCGCUCGUCGCACGAGAAAGCGCCCCAGCCGUUCCUCAGCACACUUCGACACGGCCCGUGUCACCUCGCCCUUCGCCUAUCCAGGCCGUCACAGUGGAGCCCGCCGCUUCGAGUAAGCCCCGCCCCAAUGUAACCAAGCGAGCCACGUGGACGAACGGUGUACCGUCGAAUGCUGCACCAAUUCCAAUAUUGCCUUCCAUCAGACCCAUCUCACCACUGUCCGAUACAGUGACUGCCCGAGCUAGUGUGCGACCUGCUGAUAGCGAAGAGAAAGCUGCAAAGAAGAUUGGUCGUCAAUUAUCGGUCGCCUCGCACGGCAACCAUUAUGCAGACCUCCACCGCCAAGAAGCGGAGAGGGCACUGAACGGCCAAUCCGGUCUUGCAUCGCCUCCCAAUGGACAGAAAGAGGGUUUCUUUUCCCACCUACGGAAGCGUGCUCGACGUCUAUCUGGUCGGUACCAGGCUCCAAUGUCGCCUAAUUCAGACGACAUUGAAGCGAACGCAGGAUGUGCCCCGUGGUCAACGACAAGCGCCCGAGGGACCAUGGCUGUCGAUCCUUCGGCGCCAAACCCACCUUCGCACCCGGACUAUGCCGAUUUAGAUAAGGCAUUGCAAAAUGUGAGGUACAGUCUCGAUGCCGCGUCACAUGCGACUAACAAUUCAAAGACAUCCUCGCGAGUUGCUGGCAAUCCAGGCAUCAAGCGACAUCACUCAUUGCCGCAUGGCCAGGAGACCCGAUCUUCGGAGAAUGCUCCUGGCGGCCCAAUAUCCAGCCGCACGAGGCGAGCGCUUCAGAAACAGUCGAACCCCUCAAACCGAUAUGAAACACCCAAUGAAGAGGAGGAGCUUCUAGAUGAAGAGCUUAACUCCACAGCAAAGGCCACCCGGCGAUUAGCAGGUCCUGAGAAGGCCACUGCCCCAAUUCAAGGGCCGCGGCCUCAGAUGGGUCAAUCGUCGAGCGACAUGGGUCCGUCAGCUUCAUACCUCACUCCGUCGCCAUCCGCGAACCGGGAUGGAGUCAACUUUGGCCAUGCGCAGUACGCAACGCCCUCUAAGCCCAUGAACAUUAACAGGCCUCAUCCCGCCAAGGAGGAAGUAAACUCGAAGUGGCCGACACCACCGUACGACGAAAAUGACUGGGCUGCCUCCGCCACAGCAAGCAUAUUUAAUACGCAGGCUAUGUACCGGUGAUAGUCGACCGUUACAGUCUGCCAGCGCUUUCGAUUCAACAUUUCCUUGCGUAUCUUACAACCAUAC